AUGAAUUUACUCGAUUUACCCGAUGAAAUUCUUGUUUUCAUAUUGAAAAAAAUGAAUGUUGUCGAUACAUUAUAUCGACAAAGUGCCAUUCAUGAUCGUCUUGACCGAUUAUUAUUCGAUCAUCUCUAUGUUGAUGAACUUGAUUUUACAAUCAAAUCAUGGGAUAAUUCGAUUUCUCCAAUGAACGAUUUAAUAAUCGAUCGAGUUUGUGAACAAAUUUUGCCUCAUAUCCAUGAUAAAGUAAGGAAACUUAUUGUUGAACCGAGUGCAGUUGCACGUGUCCUUCAUGCUGUCGAUUUUCCAAAUGUGUCAUCUUUAUCAUUAAUGAAUUUCUCGACAAAAAUACUUAUUGAACAUCUUAUAGAAAAUCGUAAUCGAUUGAAAGUGUUGCUUGAAAAAAUGACACAUUUACAUGUUUAUUUGAUUGAUGAUAUCGGCAAUGAUUUCAAUCUAUUCGAAUUGAUUAUAUCACAAUCAAAAUCUUUAUUAGAAUUAACUUUUCAUCAAUCCAGUCAGAUUUCAGAUCGAGAUAUUUCCAUCUCUCAAUUUUCGUCAACAAAUUCUUCAACAUUGACAAAAUUGAAUAUCGAAUUAAAAACAUUUGACGACUGUCUUUUUCUUCUCGAUGGCCGGUUUCCAUCCUUAUCUCAUUACAUAGUUUAUAUUGAAGAAAUCUCUUCAAACUUAUCAUCGAUCGAUAAUCGAGACAACUUCUCUCAACUGAAAUCUUUUUCAUUAACUUCAUAUAAACAGACUUAUGCCUAUGAUGAUCUUCUUGUACCAUUUCUACAACGAAUGUUAAAUUUAGAAGAACUUCACUUAUCUGUAUCUGUUACAAAACGAGAUGCAUCUACCGUUGUCGAUGGAAAUCAUCUUCAAACGAACAUCUUAACCCAUCUUUCGCAAUUGAAGAGAUUUCAUUUUAGUAUUCACACUUCUCUUUAUCGAUUGAAUCAUGAUGUCGAAAACCAAAUUGCCUAUCCUUCGAAUGAUCAACUUCAGCAACAAGUCAGAUCAUAUGUUCAUGAAUGUUCAGCAAAUAACAUCUAUCGAUGUCAUGUUUAUUCCAUUCCAUAUCAAUUUAAAGUCUUUCUAAGAUUAUCUAGUACCUUUACAACUGAUAUGUUUAUUAAUGUUCGAACAUUAGUUAUUUAUGAUACGAUUUCUUGGGAUUAUCAUUUCUUUCAUAAAAAAAUUUUCGAAGAAUAUCCAAUUGUGACAUUCAAUCGAUUAAUUGAUCUUGAUCUCCGUUUGACACAUAUUACUUAUAUCCAACAAUUAUUAUGUAAUCGGUAUACACAUUUACCACGUUUUUGUAAACUUCAUAUUUACUAUGAACAAUUAAUGUUAUUGACAAACAAUUUUACGAGUGAUCCAAAUCAAUUCAAUUGUGCACAGAUCAAAUCAUUGAGUAUUAAUGAAUGUUUUGUUCGUUCUGAGAACUUUUCUCAAUUUUUUCCUCUUUUGGAAUAA